UGGAGUGAAGCUUGAACCAUUCCAGUUUAGCUCUCGCGCUGUACCGAAUCGCACGUAGCGACCGUUCGCUUCACUUUUCAUCCGCCGUUCAGUUUUAAAGCGAGUAAAAACAAAACAAAAACAUCAUAACGUUAAAAAGUUUAAUACAUUGCAAACAGUGAAACAAGUGGGUCCCUGCGCCUGAGAAGAAAAAAAGGUUGUUUUUUUGCUGUACUGAAAGCCUGCUGUCUUGCAAGAUCCCAAGAGUCUCCGAGUGUGCGUGUGAGCGGGUUUUGUCUUCUUGUCUUGCAAACGCGACAGCUCUUGAUAAACAAGAUUCACCCGCGGGGUUCGUCUGUGCAGCCCGUCGAUCAUCAUAUACCCGGCACAGUAGAGUAGCAUAUUGCGUCCCAUAGAAGAGGAAGAGCUUAAACCUGAAAGACACACAGCAUACACGACACCAUAGCGCUAUCAGCAAACAAGAGGAGGUAGUUCAGCAUUGGUCGUUUUAUUGUUAUUGGCGUCGGAAAUAGUCACCGGGGUUGUUUUCGUGACCGUCUGGUUGGCACCAUACGCCAAAUUCGAUACGAUACUGUACAAACACACGCAGACCCAAGCAGAACAGCAACACAACUGGUUGACCAUGGACAACUUACGGAAUCUGUUCGGCCAAGUGUCCGCCAUGACGUCAAUGAAACCAUCAACGGCGAGCCCCUCAUUUUCGGCAUCGUCGUCGGCCUCCGUGAGUGGCAGCGUUGGAGGGGCCGGUCGAUCCGGUGGCGGAGUCAAUGGAACGAUGCGAACACAUAAAACGGCCGAUCGGGAUAGUUACUACUACAUCAUGUGGCGUUCCUAGUCCGUGCAAAGGGAACGGUUUUUUACACUCCACUUCCUGCCAAGUUUCGCUUCAACGACGACACACAUACACAGCACAUUUUAACGUGCCGAGAUAUUAACCUUUCCGCGUACAUCUCUCGCACACCUAUACGUCCGUACACCGCUCUUGCCGGAAGAAGGACAACAACAGCCUACGAGGACGUCAGGAUCAAAGUGGAAACUCCGUUGAACAGUACAAACAAUGUCACUCUCGCUGCUAGGUGCCAACACGGUCUGGAUGAUGGCAGUCUGGACCGGGUUGCUGCUCGUCUUCAGCCCGGUCCUGUUUGUGGUGAGCGUUUGUCUGCCGGAGCUGCCCUUAUUGCUCAUUAGGCGGCUGCAUUACAUCCCGUUCGAUUCGGUGUGAUUCGAUCGAAAUGGUGCUCCGGGGAUGAUGUGGUGAGGCACGAUUGAUCGGUAGCAGGCAGGGCUAGUAGCAACACGCACGAAGGCAUUGGAAGCGUUCUUCGAUCUUCUGUAGUGGACUAUAGCUAGCUUUUUGUAUCGGCUUUGUCUGAUGUCGAUGGUGCCUUAUGCGUUGUGGAGGAGCGAUAGGAACAAAACCAGGGACAAACACUCUGCCCAGAGACUGCUUAUUUAUUCUAGUGAGACACAAUACAAAGACAGCUAAAUUAACUUAUCGGAUAGGAAGAAGGAACAGAUGCCCCAGAGAUUGAUGUGGUCUAGCCUAAGAUAGCACGCGGAUCAUUGCUUGAGACGCGGCACAAAAAUUUGUGUGCCGUGUGCGAAUUCUCUCCUGUACGUACCUGACGUCCCCGGAGGCCAUUAGCGUAAUUAAACUGACUACAGGCUCAUUACUGGUCCAUCUGAAUUCUCCUAACUUCAUCGUUACAAUGUAAUCUGCUUGCGGACUACGGGAGAGCUGGUGCUGCGGAGCGCAGGAUUAAUCGCUCGCAUAGAGUAUAUGGUGAGGAGUCAAACACGCACACACACACACUCAUAUACGGUGCUGUCCAGUGAGUCCGCUUGGCACCUGUGUAUUGCAAGGCUGAUUAAUUUCUACAUUAGAAAGCACACAAACAACAGAAUGGCGGUGUGGUGGCCCCGGGUAUCGCUUCCGUGGAGAAAGGAGUGCCUUAAACGAGCGAAAAAGCAAGUUCUUAAAUUCUGACCUUACCGAAAAAGGGAAACGAUGAUGAUAUUUUGACACCAUUUAUUGUACAUUCUUAUACCUAAGUAUUAUAUACAUAUGUGAGCGCCUUAAUAAAGCGACAUUUUUUACACCUUUUAAA